AUGAAUCGCUUAACACGAAAAAUCUCCAGCAAGUCGCUGUCGGAGCGAGAAAGCAGAGGGAGGGGAGAAGGACAGCAUGCAAUCGCGGCGGACCGUGCUCAGAGCGAGAGUAAACCUUCGCUGCUGAAUAGACUAAGAAGGAGCAGUCGGUCCAGGGAGAGGCAGGAUCAGAAGGCCGUCGACGCUUCCGUGUCGCCCGAGGCAAGAAAACCACCCGCAGAAACCGUGGCGGAAAACGUCUCUUCGUCCAAGGCUGCUGAAGUACCGCCGACCAGCACACAUGAUGCACCCGAGCAGAAGCAUUCCACCGAGUUGGAGGCCAGCGAUCCGGCGACGCGAAAGCAGAUCUCGUCGACUCCCUCCGACCCUUGUGGUGCUGUGCAGGAGCGAAGCGAACCAGCUCAACAGCACAAGAGCCAUCACAAAAAGGACGGCCUCACGAAGGAAGACGUCGAACAGCUCUUCUCUGGAGCCCCGCAAUUCGUCCUUGAGAAAGGCCGAAGAGGCCGUUACUUCCCACAAGCCUUCUUCCCCUGGAACAAUGACCUCGAGACCUCCGACCUGCAAGAUCGAAGGUACAUCAAGCACGAAAGCUUCGCCCUCGCCACACUACACGCGCAUCUGCCUAUCCCCGACGAAGUCAACUGGAAACCUGGAUUGACAGCGCCGACAAAGCGGGAAGGCCUCGAUAUCGGUAAGCGGCCGAUGUUCGAGCUAGGCAUCUUCGAAAGGCCGAAUAUGCUCGGCCUGGAGGGUCGGGAACCGGGUACCGUUGGAAUGCGCUACUUCCUCGAACGCCCCGUUGCCGACGGCGUGGCGGACGAGAAUGCCAAAGAACACGGCAAGGACGUGGAGAUUGAGAUGGCCAUCGCCAAUGCCCCGGCAAUGGAAGCCUUCAAGAUGCUCGCGCUCAGCAAGGAGAAUGACGAGCUGAACGCGAAGAUUGGCAAGCAUGCUCCUGCCGUCGAGCGAGCAAGACUGAUUCGCGAGGGACCGCACUCGUGGAAAGCAGUGGGAGUCAGAGAGAUCAGCAUCGAAACAUUGGCGGACAGAAUGGACACGAUCAGCAUGCUUCGCGACCAGGUGCUGGUUGCAGGAUGGCGGGAAACCGUGCUGAACCACAUGGAUUCCGCUGAGCUAUACACCCAUCUAUUCACCCAACUACUCUACCCUCCGCGCAAAGUCCCGACGGGAGCAAAACACGAAAAGGCAUCCUUAAAGAUCCAGAUCGAGGCCUUGGUCAAGGUUCUCACCACCCCUGGAGCCUGGCUGGAUCUGAGCGCACCCGAGGCGAGGCUGCGAUUCGGGAAAAUCUUGCACAGCAGGUCGACACGCUACGACGGUGCGACCGGCUCCUUCAUCAUCGAUCCUGAGCGGAAAUGGCUGCUCAUUCAACUCCUCCUAUCUGUCGAACUGGUCAUCCGGCUGGAUGCGGCUCUGAGGUUGGGUGUGGCUCUUCAUGCUGAAAACUUCGAAGUCAGCAGCGAAGAGAUACACCAUUUCAACAAGCUUCGCAAUCUAAAGGUCGACUGGGAUUUGGUGGCAGCCAGACGCUACUUGUUCCUUUCCUACGUCAAGAGGACCGAGAAGAAGGGACCAGCCUCAGUCCCGCCGUCAGAGCAGCACGAACGACCUCCUACGUCGAGGCAACCGUCUUCGGCCGCACACGAGCAUCACCAUGGCGGUCUUUUUGGUGGCCUGAAACACGCCAUGGGGCUGGACACCGCAGCAGAGUCUGCCACACCACAUCAUGCGCUCGACACGUGCGACGUUGUCGUGAUGCCACGUCAAGCUGCCGUCAUGGUGGAUGGCCUAGUACGGUUUGCGAACAAUGUAGGCUGGCCACGGACCGAGGAGCUCCAUGAGUCGUUGCGCCAGAAGCUGUGCACGUCAAACGCCGAAGACAGGGAAAGGCUGCUCAUGGACGCCAUUAUGUGCUCGGACGACAGCGCCCUGGAGCCUAAGCCAGAUAACUUGACGGGUUCGCUAGCCUCGUUCACUGUCGACCUCCACCCUGCCACUCCCAGCACCGUUGGCGGCUGGCUCUCGCACAGCUGGCUAUCGGGCCUCAUCGUGCCAGGAACCUCGAUCUGCGAUAUCCUCAUAUCGACGUUGUUGGAGAACGACACUGAUCCACAAACACUUCGCGAUCUCGGCUCCACCAGCGUACCCUUACGCGGAUCAGGAUUCAUCCUCAACGGGUCCUCGUGGUGGACCAAAUCCAGCAUCGUGGGACGCGUGAUGGCUCCGAUGCGUGGCGCGAAAGAAUCAAUGGGCUGGGUUUCCACGCCCAAUUUCGUGCCCCUGGAUGAGCACACCUCGCAGCCGGUAUCGAAUCGGUGGGUGAAGAUUAAAUCAUUCCCGGUUCCGACAGAUAGGGCGAAGCCCAGGAUCUUCGACGGCGACAAACUCGCCGAGGACUCCACACCACUGGGCAAAGGCAAGGGGGCAAUCAUGGCCAGCGAGUUCUCCAUGGUCACAGAUCACGUCUUCGACAAUGUGCCCACGUCCGAAGUGAGAGUCAAGGAUAUCAAGAUCCACCUCUCAUCAUCCGACCUCACCCAAGCGUCGGCGGACCACCCAUUCUCAGCAUGGGCCCAAUUCGACCUGGCACUCACGCAGCCCAGCCCCACGCAAGACGAUCCCGUCGCCGCCUCUACAACCAAACAAGUGCGCUACGGCCUCGAUCGCGCCGUGUACUUUGUGACGGCGCACCCGUGCCGUCUCCCACACGGCCACGCCACAUUCAAACCGGGCACUCUGGACUUUGAACACGAGCAACAACACCCUCACCACAAGCCCGGCGUGGCAGAACACAUCCCCGCGCACCCACUGCACAAGACGUUCAAGUUCGUGGUGAAGUCGCUCGCGGAUCUGGUGCAGAAUCCGACCGUCGAGCCCCCGAACCCGACGAACCACGAUGACCCGGUUUGGAUCGUCGACGCGAGAGGCCAUGGCUCUGCGGGUGGUGGUCAUGGCCAUCCACCGCUGAGUUCCAACCCGUCGACCACGUCCACACUCACCACGGCCGCCACGACCACCACUUCGGAAGGUGCCGCAUCUGGCACGAACACGGACACGGACGCGGGCAUUGGCGUGGCGAUAAGUUCGCCGACAGUCAACAACAAGGACACUCCAAACUCGGCGACGAACGAUCCCGCGAACUUGGAGAAGUGGCUUUACGAAUCCACCGAUCCGCAGCUGUGGGAGAAAGACAUCCUCGUGAGGGCGUGGUGUGCCGAGAAGGGCAGGAACGCAAUCAUCGCGCGCAGUGGGAGGACGUGUUUGAGCUGUGCGAUUCGCGAGGCGAGGGCGUUGGAGGUGGCCAUCGUGGUGAGGGUAGGGAUUAGGGAGCGACCGAGCGCGAGCGAGUGA